GAUUCGAUCCGGUCUAUGCAUGGCUGGUCGGUUUAUAACAUAUACUCCGAGUUUUCUCGUCUCAAGUUGGAAGGGAAAUGGAAGGUCUGCGAAUACAAUGACCGCUACGAAAUAUGCAAUUCAUACCCAACGCUCCUCAUUGUUCCCGUCGAUAUCCACAAAAAGACGUUACUUGCUUCAUCGGACUUUCGAACGAAUGGGAGAAUCCCCGUGUUGACUUGGUUCGACCAAAAAAGUCAAAAGGCGCUUUUGCGUUCUUCACAACCAAAGACUGGGUUCACUGGAAAAAGUGAUGAGGAUGUAUUACUUCUUUUUGUUGAGGGUGGCGAAUCGUAUGUACAAAUAUACGAUUGUAGAGAUUACUACUCUGCUCUUGGAAACAAAGCGUUUAAACAAGCCGGCUUCGAGUCGACCUCCGAAUAUACAUUUUGUUCGCUGGAAUUCCUUAAUCUGCCAAACAUUCAUAAAGUGCGGGAGUGUUCGUUAGAACUGUACAACUCUUUUCUUUCGGGUCGGGAAUGUUUGUCAAAUUUACACAAAGCUGGCGGCUGGAUUCUGAACAUUCAAAACAUUCUCCAAGCUUCCGACAGUGUUUCUAAAAUGCUUUCACAAAAGUCCGUGUUGGUCCAUUGCAGUGAUGGGUGGGACAGAACGUCACAAAUCUGCAGUUUGUCGCAAAUCAUAUUAGACCCCUUUUACCGAACAAAACUCGGGUUUGCAGUUCUUGUGGAAAAAGACUGGCUUGCUUUUGGUCACCAAUUCAACCAGCGUCUUGGCAUUAGUCACGACAUUAAUGCAACGUCUCCCAUUUUCUUCCAAUUUCUUCACUGCGUCCAUGUCCUUUUAAUUCAAAACCAAACUGCUUUUGAAUUCAAUGACAGUUUUCUUCAAACUAUUGCCGAUGAGCUAAUCACCGCUAGGUUCGGCACCUUCUUAUUUAAUUCCGAGAAAGAGAGACGUGAAAACAAGGCUCCAAGCUCUACUCCUUCGCUGUGGGACGCGAUUUUGGAUGAUCCACAAUACACAAACAACUCAUACAAAACCUUGGGAAACCGACUAAUAGUGAACACUUCUUUGUUGUGUAUAAGCGGGUGGCUUGGCUAUUUUUUGAGGUAUUCCCAUCCAGACAUCGCCAAACUCACUUUGUAUUGA